AUGUUAGAUGAAAUUCAUAGACAAGAACGUGAAGAGCUAGAGAACAAGCUUGAAGCAAAAGACAAAAGCCUUCAGAAAAGAAUACCACGUUCGGUACCAAAAGGAAAGGAAAAGAACUAUAAGUAUAUGAUUUAUACUGAAGAGAUGGAAAAUGAAGAAGACAGAGAUAUGGUUAUGUUGCAUUUAGUCAGAAGAAACAACAAAAGCUUUUACGACCUUGCUAAGAUUUACAAAUCUGACAGAAAUUGGUUCUAUCGCGAAAACUUACCGAUUUCAAUGACACCAAAUGAAGAUGUGAAACAAAUAGUUCAAGAUACUUUACCUCAAACACACUAUGAUAUUAAAGGUUGUACAAUACUUACCUUCAAAGAAGAUUUGCCGCUACUGAAGGAAAAAAUAACAGAGUAUUUUGACAACUUCAAACAAGCAGAGUAA